GCCCCGUACGCAUCGUGGUCACGAUGCCAAGUUCCCCGGCAUGGCCAUCACAUACGCCCUCAUGCAACGGUUAGAAGAGCUUACUGAUGCUGAGCCCGACCGUGUCCAGAUCCUCAAGAAGGCUCGCGUGACCUCCAUCAACAAGUCUGGAAACAAUGUGACUGGUGUGACUUACGAGUACAAUGGCGAGACCCAUACCGCGGAGGGUGUUGUCGUUCUGGCCACUGGUGGCUACGCCGCUGACUUCGGUGACGGCUCCCUUCUGAAGCAGCACCGCCCCGACACCUUCGGUCUGUCCAGCACCAACGGCACCCACGCCACCGGUGAUGGCCAGAAGAUGCUGAUGGAAAUUGGUGCCAACGGUAUCGACAUGGACAAGGUCCAGGUCCACCCCACGGGUCUCGUGGAUCCCAAGGACCCGACCGCCAAAUUCAAGUUCCUGGCUGCUGAAGCCCUGCGUGGUGAGGGUGGUCUGCUCCUCAACUCAGACGGCCAGCGGUUCUCGGAUGAGCUGGGCCACCGUGACUACGUCUCGGGACAGAUGUGGAAGGAGAAGGAGAAGGGCAAGUGGCCCAUCCGCCUCGUGCUUAACAGCAAGGCGUCCAACGUCCUCGACUUCCACACUCGCCACUACUCUGGCCGUGGUCUGAUGAAGAAGAUGACAGGCAAGGAGCUGGCCAAGGAAAUUGGUUGCGGCGAAGCAGCCCUCCAGAAGACGUUCGACGAUUACAACCUCAUUGCCGACGGCAAGAAGAAGGACCCCUGGAACAAGCGUUUCUUCCACAACCUGCCUUUCAGCAUCGACGACACCUUCCACGUGGCUCUGAUGGAGCCUGUUCUGCACUUCACCAUGGGUGGUAUUGAGAUCAACGAGCACGCCGAGGUUCUCAACUCGGAGCAGCAGCCAUUCGAUGGUCUCUACGCUUGCGGUGAGCUUGCUGGAGGUGUGCACGGUGCCAACCGUCUGGGCGGCUCUUCCCUGCUAGGCUGUGUUGUGUAUGGCCGGGUCGCGGGUGACCGUGCUAGCCAGUACCUCUUCCAGAAGCUGCUCUCUGGCGGUGCCUCCACUGCCGCACAGCGACUGGGCCAGAUUUCCCUGCACAUCGACCCGGCCACUCCGGGUAAGUUCUCUGUUGAAUGGGCCGGAAGCGGUGGUGGUCAGGUCGCCGCAGGUGCCGGAACUCCCGCUGCCUCGGCCCAGCCCGCCAAAUCGGCCGCAACCCCUGCAGGUGCCGCUGAGACGGCCAAGCCGAAGGAGCCCGCCAAGUUCUCGAUCCCUGAAAAGGAAUACUCAAUGGAGGAGGUCGCCAAGCACAACAAGAAGGAAGACCUAUGGAUUGUAGUCAAGGGUGUCGUGCUGGAUGUGACCAACUGGCUGGACGAGCACCCGGGUGGAGCUAACGCCCUCUUCAACUUCAUGGGCCGUGAUGCCACAGAAGAAUUUGCGAUGCUCCAUGACGACGAGGUCAUCCCCAAGUACGCUGCCCAUAUUGUCAUCGGCCGUGUCAAGGGUCAGACCCCUAGCCUCGAGCUGUAAAAACAUGACAUAGAACGAAGAUAUAUCGGUUGGGAAGAGAAAACAACCAUGCAGCCAUUUUGACACAUACCCAUUUUUGUUGAUUUCCUGUUGAGCAUGCCCAUGGUGAUGAUGGUUUCAGGACUACGGCUUCGCGUCCUUUAUGUUAUUUUUCCAGUAUGUAAGAUACAAUUUAUUCCAAUUGUUCUUAGACAAAUCAGGUCAUCAUAGUUUCGAAAUAUUCUCAGCAUGAUAACAGCAAAUGGCUGUUCCAUCGGCUGCAGUAAAUUUUCGGGGCCAGUGU